GAUACUUUGAUAGAUAAAUGCUACUUGCAUUUUCAUAGAGCUAUAUGUUCAAUGCAUCCAUGUUUGUUUUUACAACUGUAUCAGGCAGUACAGAACGGGGGCGUGGAAGUUGUUGACCAUCUGAAGUCUCCUGAAGAACUGUUGAACUGUAGUUGCUGUCAGUGAAUUCAGAAUAAAACCUGUACCCAGCCUUGCAGAUCCCCUAGGGGAUUUUACUCUGGAAAUAGUGUUACUUUCAAUUCCUACAUUUUUAUUCUGCUUCCUUGGGUAAAUUGUACUUAUGGCAAUAUGAGGGAGUGGUAACUACUCCAGAAUAUCUUAGAAUUCAGUUUUGAAAUAUCCUUAUCUUGACUGACUGCAGGCUGCCAGUAAAAGGUUGCCAUGUAGUGUAGUUUGCUUAGGCACAAUAUUUUCAAGGAAAGGCACAAUGGUUGAUGUGUGAGAGAAAAUUGAAGUUUUCUGUGGGAUUCUUUCCGUGCUGACAGUUGACAGCAUUCCAGCAAGCUGACAGUUAAUGGAACAAAUGUAUUAUUAGUUUCUUCAUUAAUAAUAGAAAUCUGGAGUCUCCAUCCUUCCUCUCUUUCUGUAUGUGCUUUUGUGAAAUUGCUAGAAAAUGGAACAAAAUGUCAAAUUUCAGACAGGAAAAUUUAUCUGAUAGAGCUUAAUCAUGUUUUAAUGAAGGACAUGGCACGCAUACAUUGUGUUAGAAUCUUAAAAGUCUGAAUUUAGACUUGCUUUAAUAUUUAAAGAUAGGAUUUUUGGUGUUGUGGAUCUUUGAAGCUAGACUUCAUAAGACUAGUCACCAGUAAAUUAACAAAUAGGAAAAAAAAUACGUAUUUGGCCUUCUGUGAGCUGUGUUCCCAGAGCUGGGCUGCACCAGACAUUUGUGAGGAUGCUUCUGUUGAGAUGGAAAAAGGGGAAUUACAAAAGGUUCUGAGCUGAGUGGAAGUAAGCUUGGUUAUAAGACAAGACGCUGACACUCUCCAUGGUUGAUGGACAAAACUGUGUAGAAGUUAUGAGACAUUGAGGUAAGGGUUGCAGAGGAGAUGAAUGUCAGGGCUGGUUCAGUCUGAGGAAGCUGUAAUUAAUGGCCAGAUGAAAUGCUAGAGGGUUGGAGGCAGGGGUAAGGCAUAUGUAGUUUCUAAGGCCUCUUUGCUGAUCUGAGUGCGUUACAUCAAAGUGGCUUAUUUACAUCCCACACUCACCACACAAAACAUGCAAGAAGAAAUGGCUUUUCUGAGAGUUGGCUCCAUAUCUUCUGAAGCACUGAAUAAAUCUGUUUUGUGCUAGGAGAGCAUGCAUUUAAAAUUAAGAGAGAGACCGUACCUCUUGCUGUCACAGGAGAGACUGAUAACUUUUGAUGAAUGCCUUGUAGAGCUGCAGAAAAAGGAAUGAUAAUCUAACAGCAAGUGGAGACACUCCUCCUUCACCUUGGGAUGCCUUUCCUUCCCUCCCUCCUUCCUUCCUUCCUCAUAUUAUUAGUAAAAAUAAACAAUGAGUUCUUUUAUAUGCUGCUGUAUACUAAAAUACUAUUAUGAAUUAUGAAAUGGUUAGUAAAUACAAGUUUUCUUGUACAUAUUGGCAAGUAUAUUUUACAGUUUUGAACAUGUAGCAAAUUAUGAGGCUUCAAGGCAAUAAAAUUUGCUUAUAGUACUGUGGUAUAUGUAUAAAAUCGGUUACUAUAAAGGAAAUAUUUUCUCAGAGAACACAAUCUCUCAAGAUCCUUUUCUUAAACUAUACUUAGUUUGUUUCACUCUUUGAUUCUAUGAAGUUUACCAAAAUGAAAGAAAAUGUAAUUAAACACUUGGCUUUGGCCAUUCAAAAUGCUGACUUUUAAUUGGAAAGGUGUCAACAUUCACCUGGAGACCUUGGAAGGAGGGGAACAGUCCUUCCUGUAUUUGUUUCUGAGGAAUCAUCCAAAGUGAAGUAUUAAGCCUUCAUUAUCUUGGUGCUGAUAUCAAACAAUUAGCUGUUCCAGCUAAUCCUGCGUUGUUCAAUGUCACUAGAUCUUAAUAUAGUUUUAGUGGAUAACCUCAAGGUGUACUGGGUUCUCUCUCAGUUGACAAUGAACAAAUGUAAGAUUACAUGAAUUAGUGUCUUCAUUCUUUGUUUUCUGAUUUUCAAAAAUGUUUGAAAAUCAGUGUUUGGCUGAUUUCGUGCUGUCCCAAACAGAUUUUCUCUUUUCUAAUUCAUAGCAGGUUUUGUCAUUAUAUGUUCUUGGGCAUUUUUAUUCCAAAACGACAUGCAAGUACAUCUGUGAACACAGUGUUGAGAAAGUGGCAGAAUCCGAAGGAUAGGGAAGAAGGAGCUGGGGUUGGUGUCGUGUUUUGCUCAGAAAUCAGGCUUUUGGUCUCUCUCCAGUAAGCUGACCUGCAUCCUACCGGUGCAGUCUGGAUACAUAUUUUUUCUGUGUGUUAAGGAACGGUUACUGUUGUCCAAUUUUGCCUCCCCUGUCAACUGGGGAAGGAAGCCAAAAUACUGAGAGGAGCUGCUUUGGUAUUGAGUUAACUCUUUAACUCAAUAAGGUUUGUUUUUUUGGCAGCAUUUUGGAAAAGGGGUCUUUAAAUUGACAUUUCUUUUGAGAUAAAUGCCAAUUAAGGUAGCACAUUUUUAAUUAGCAAUAUAUCAAAUAGUUAAAAAAUGUCUUCUUUAAAGAACAUCAGAGUGUUUUGGUUGUACCUCUAGCUGUGAAAUGAAUGCAGGUUAGCUAGUUAGAAGUGGAAUACAUAGAUUUUUGAAAGAAUACUACUUGUGCAAUAUUUGUUAUUCUUUGUGGAGGCAGUGUUUGCACUGUGUCCUCAAAUCUUGCUUAAAAAUUAACAAAUGUAUAGUGUUGUGGCAUAUGGAAAGCAAGAAUCUUUUUAGGACUGUUGAAUAAUAUGGGAAAAUGUUCAUUAAGUUAAUAACAAUGGAAGACAGCAUGCUGUAACUCUUGAAGAAGCAAAGACAAUUCUUCUAGUCAAAUACUUGAACUACUCGGCAUCUCGUAUAGCUACACUCAAAACCUGUGUAAAGACAAAGUUAAAAGUGCACAGCUAGCACAAAAGAGAUGAGAAAAGAAAUGAGAAAUAUUACUGUAAAAUCCAUGAUGCAGUUUUAUUUUUUCUACUGUGGACAUCUGCAUUAAGGUGUUGCAUUUCAUUUUUUAAUAUGAGAGGACUUGGGUGGACUAUACCUCCCUUUUUUUUUUGUUCUCUCUGUGAUUAUUACUUUUUUCCAUGAAAGAUGUCUGACAAGGCCAGUUUUUCUUUUCUGGAUUUGGUUGACUGUAUGUGUUUCCAUAUCAGUGUCAGAUAUUCCUAGUGGUUGUGACCAAGAGCAUUUUAAUGAUUGCAGUAUCUGCAAGACUUGUUCCUGUUCUGUCACUCUUUUAUUUAUGGAAUUAUGCAGUGAUUCAUGUUGAAUGGGGGCCUCUGGAGAGUGUCUGUCCCAAGCCCUGCUCCCUUGCUGGAGGUGUGAGUAUAAAGGGAAGGUAGGACUCUUGAAGCUCUCUGGAUGGUGUGGAGCUUCCUGCCUUUUGAUCUUCUGUCAUUUCCAUCAAGAUUUUUGCUACCAUAUGUUAACUUUCGAUUUUCUAUUAUUUUUCACUUUCUAGAAUCUUGCCUUAGGAACAUUCCUAAAAAUACAAAAUUUCGAACUCGUGCCAUCUUAUUAAUGCAGACAUUAAAAAUAACUUAUAUGUGCACUUGGGACUUAUUUGGGAAGUGUCUUGUACAUCUUAAAAGGAGUUCUGCCUUAUUCCAGGUUAUGUAUAGUUGUAAAAUCUUAAUUUUUCAAUUUUUAUUUCUUCCUAGGCCAGAAGCAAAAUUUGGAUGAAGUGAACUAACCAAGUUGCCGUCAUGAGCAGGAGCAAGCGUGACAACAAUUUCUACAGUGUUGAAAUUGGAGACUCAACUUUCACCGUAUUGAAACGGUAUCAGAAUUUGAAACCAAUAGGAUCAGGAGCACAAGGGAUAGUAUGUGCAGCUUAUGAUGCCAUCCUUGAGCGGAAUGUUGCAAUCAAGAAGUUAAGCCGACCUUUUCAGAACCAAACCCAUGCUAAAAGAGCCUACAGAGAGCUUGUUCUUAUGAAGUGCGUUAAUCACAAAAAUAUAAUCGGCCUACUGAAUGUGUUCACACCACAAAAAUCCCUGGAAGAAUUUCAAGAUGUCUACAUAGUGAUGGAGCUCAUGGAUGCAAAUCUCUGCCAAGUGAUUCAAAUGGAGCUAGACCAUGAACGAAUGUCCUAUCUCCUUUAUCAAAUGCUGUGUGGUAUCAAACAUCUUCAUUCAGCUGGGAUUAUUCAUAGGGAUUUAAAGCCCAGUAAUAUAGUAGUAAAGUCAGACUGCACUUUGAAGAUUCUUGACUUUGGACUGGCCAGAACUGCAGGAACUAGUUUUAUGAUGACGCCUUAUGUAGUGACUCGUUACUACAGAGCACCAGAGGUCAUCCUAGGGAUGGGAUACAAAGAAAACGUUGACAUUUGGUCAGUUGGGUGCAUCAUGGGAGAAAUGAUCAAAGGUGGUGUUUUAUUUCCUGGUACAGAUCAUAUUGAUCAAUGGAAUAAAGUUAUAGAGCAGCUAGGAACACCAUGCCCCGAAUUUAUGAAGAAAUUACAGCCUACAGUCCGAACUUACGUGGAGAACAGACCUAAAUAUGCUGGAUAUAGUUUUGAAAAACUCUUUCCAGAUGUCCUUUUCCCAGCUGACUCUGAACACAAUAAACUUAAAGCAAGUCAAGCAAGAGAUUUGUUAUCAAAAAUGCUGGUUAUAGAUGCUUCUAAAAGAAUCUCUGUGGAUGAAGCCCUCCAGCACCCAUACAUCAAUGUUUGGUAUGAUCCAUCAGAAGCAGAAGCUCCUCCACCAAAGAUACCAGAUAAACAGUUAGAUGAGAGGGAGCACACGAUAGAAGAGUGGAAAGAGUUGAUAUACAAGGAAGUCAUGGACCUGGAGGAGAGAACCAAGAAUGGGGUUAUACGUGGCCAACCAGCCCCUUUAGGUGCAGCAAUGAUCAAUGGCUCUCAACACCCAUCAUCAUCAUCAUCUGUCAACGAUGUGUCUUCAAUGUCAACAGAUCCAACAUUGGCCUCUGAUACAGACAGCAGUCUAGAAACCUCAGCUGGACCUCUGGGUUGCUGUAGAUGACUACUUGGUCUUUUGGGGGGUGGGAGGGGGGUCCUUUUAGUCAUUAAUAGGGCACUUUUAAAAUUUGGUGGUAUUUUUGAGUGUUUUUUCAAAAAUAAUCAUGGAAUUCAUCAUAAAGUGCUGUAAUUUCAAACUGUACGUUGUGUUAUAAGCAGCCACUUUUUUGCUGUAAUUAACUGUAAAAUAUUAAACCUGGUAAUUUUUAUUGUGGUUUUAAAAUCUGCAUAUUUGCUUUACUAUUAUGCUGCUGAUCUUUUUUUACUGAAUUUGUAAGAUUUGUUUUAUCAAAGCACAUAUUAAUGUUGUGGUCAUUACCAUAUGAUGAAUUAUUUAAGAUUUUAUAGGUUUUCAAUUUUUUAAUUAGAAUUUAUUCUAGAUGUUUUGUUCAUGAUAUCCUUCAAAGUUUUAUGCUUGGUCAUACAUCUUUGUCCAGGUGGAGGGGGAGAGAAUUCAGUGCAGCCAGCUGUAGUUUCAGGAAUACUACUGUGGUGCUGGGUAGUGAACAAAAUCCUCUUUUUAUUUUGGCCAUUUGCCUAUAAUACUUCAGCAAAAGCAACAAUUAGUGAGAUUUUUUUCAGAGAAACAGAAAACAAUGCUUUGCAGAGUUAUAUCGUCUGAAUGGGUUUAUGAACUUAAGAAAGCAAAGUAUAUCUUCAAAGCUGCAGAAAUAUCCAGCCUAGCAGAGUAAUGUGAUGUUUUCUGCAGAGUUGUGGCAUGCCAAAUCUUGUGAUCACCAUAAAACAUGAGGAUACUUCAUGAAUAAUACAUUGCAAUGCCAAUAAACUGUUUACUUCUAGCUUGUAGCCUGGUUUUGUACACACAAAAUGAAGUGUAUCCAGGAUGUUUAGACUGACAAGAGGGAAAAUGAAUAUGCUGUAGCUAUACUUUCAUGUGAGACGUGAUUAUUGGGAAUUCUGGUUCUUACUAGUUUUGUCUACUAAGGCAAGUGCUUUUUGAGUGCUUUUUGGGUCAAAGAGGGAACGACAUGAAUGCAAUAGGGGCAAAACUUUGGCUACUCUUUCUCCACCAAAAGUAACUGCUAAAAACCAUGAAGUGGUAGGAGAACCUCAGGAUUUCUGUAGCUAAUGCAUUAAUUGAGCAAUAUAUGCCAUCCAAAGGAGGGAUAAAUAGUGCUGUAUAAAUUAAUAUUUCUCUCUUUCAUUUCACCAUGAGAUCAGUGUAGCAGAAAUCUUAGCAGUGGUUCAUUUAAAGUCAUAAAUAUUCAGUAGUUUUCAUCAACAAAGCUCCAGGUUUCAAUACACUUUUUAAACAAAAGAUAUAUUGAGAUAUAUAGAACAGUUACUAAAUAGUCAUGUAAGAUGGUGCUGCUCCUUACAGAAGUAUUUUAACUGUUUACAUUUUAUAUUUACAGAAUGAUUUAUGUAUAACUGACUUAAGUUUAUGUAUGAGUUAAACAAUCAUUCAGAAUUUAUUUCUUUGGAAAAUGCAGAUUUUUAGUGAAGCUAGGCUGUAUAAUUGAUUGCCUUGUGUAGAUGCAUAUUUUGUGUAGUGAAUUAGAAUGUGAAGAGGAUUUUGAAUUAGUAAAGCUCACACAAAUGGGCAUAAAAGAUACAGAAGUCUUGCCAGGCACUGAGCAUAAGCAACUAAUGUAACUGCCUACAGAGGUCAUCCAGGAGUGACUGGUGGUCUUCAGUGUGGUUCCUUCUGCUUGUUGGGUUAAAUAAGCAUUGUUUUGAGGUUUUAACGGAAAGAGGAAAAUUUGUCUUUGCAGUAAGUUUCAGAAGAACAGAAGCGAUAGUAAUGUCAAUAUGUAAUAUGUCUUUUUUUAAAAAAUGCAGGGUUGCAAGGAAUGGUAAUGUCUCAAAGAUAACUAAAUUGAUAAACUGCACAGUUGUUUUUGUGGCCUGGCUAGACUGCUGGUAAGUGCUGUGUGCGUGUAAUUUUGCUUUCCUCACUUUGUAUCUAAUAUUUCAAUAUUGCCUUCCUAAGCCACAUUUGUUAAGGCAAUUAUUUUUGCAGGAUCCUGCCAAAUUGUAUAUUACCUCAGAAUAGGCAGGACAAGUUUGGAUUCAUCUAGCACUGGAAUGUAGAAAAUGUUGAACAGAGACCAACAGAACAGUCUAUUUUGUAGUUUUUUUUAUCAAAGUUUAAGCUGUGAAUUAAGCCAAAAUUUUUGGUCAAACAACAGUACUCCAUUGUGUUAUAGGGUCAAGUGAUAGUGUGGUCAGCACAGUGUAAUGAAGUUAAGACUGACAAAAGUAACUUCUGAUGCCUCUCAGUGCUGUUAAAGACAAAUUGGUAAAUACAGUUCCUAUUUAAAUUUAUUUUAGACUCCAUUGGAUUGCAGUGAUAACUGAAAUAUUUUGAAACUUAGAAAUAUUUUUUGCUAUCACUUUCCAGUGUCCUAAAUAUAGAGUAACUGAACUGAGCUCAUAAGCGCUAAGAGAAUUUGAGCUUUUCUUCUUUCAAGGCAAGGUUAGUGAAUGUGUGGAACUGCCCACUGCAGCCUGUUGCAGUGUGAGCAAGCUGUGCUUAAAGGGAUUGCUUCAGUAGCAUCAGAGCUUUGCCUGUGGAAACCAAGAGUUCACUUCUGGCACCAUCUUCACAGGAGUUUUGUUUUUUCUCUUUCUUUUUUUCAGUUGCUUGCAUUUUAGGCAAAUUAAAGUGAUGGCAAAUUUCAAAGACAAAAUCAUAUUCAGUAAUCAAAUUAUCACAACAGCAUCCUAGUCUUCCCUUUUUAUUUGUUGAAAUAUAAUUUUUUUUCACGUAGGUGUACACUGCCACAGAUAGCAAACAAAUGGUUAACUGGAAUUCAGCUGUCCUUGUCUAUUGUUAGAUUAUAUGCCACCUAAUAUGCUGUACAAUAUUAAAGUACUCUUAAGUUUUAUUUUAGACUUUGAUUUGGAAUCUUCUCAAGACAACAGGCUUCACUGGAGUGCAUGCAACUUUCUAAGGCCAUUCCAAUCCACUGAGAAUUGAUAUGGAUUGAAUUACCAUGAGCUGUCUGAUCUCUUACCUCAGGUGAGGUUCAAAGUUGGGCAGUAAUAACAAGAUUGAUUUCUGCCUUCUCUGGGCAGAGCAGUGGCAUCAUGCAGCAAGGGUAAAGCAGCUAUUUCCUUUUGUAGAAGUAGGUUGUUCAAGAAUUUGAAAUAGAGUUGGGGGUGUGGAAUUAGUAACCUUAGGGUGUACUGGUAUGCUGUGCUGGGAAGUCUUUUAUUGGUGCAAGACAGUGUGUCAGAGCUGAUGGGUUUGUGUGUGUGAACAGCUGUUCUGCCCAAGCACAGCUCCCUGCUGGAACAUGCUCAGCCCUGGGUCACUCUGCUCAGCUGAGCAGACAUUGCACUCUGCCCUGCCCAAGCCUGGCCUUUUAGCUUUGAAGAACUUGUACUGUGUGAGAUGCAGCAGCACCUGUGGUGUUGUGGGGGUGUCCUGUGCUGAGCCAGCAGGGCCCUGCUGCCUGGGGUUGGUGGGGCCAGCACUGAGCACCUGGGCCGGGGCUCUGUGGAGAUGGAUGGAUGGACAGACGGACAGAUUGAUUCGGCUCAGCAGUGCAUGAAGAAAAAAUGUCAAAAAACUCCUACAGGAGGAUGCUCCUCCUCGGCCAGUAAUCCAAAGUGUAGGACAGCAAAUGCUUCUUGAUAAAGUUCAUGGGCAAAAGGGAGGGAGAAGGUUCAGCUUGCACUUGGUCUUACUCUUUCAAGUUGCUAAAGGGAGGGAAUUAUAGUUUCUAGAUCUAUUUGCUGUUGGCAGCAGCUUGUCCAUGCUGUUACAUUUUAUUUUCCCGUCAUUUUCCUGUCAGUGGUUUGGUGCAGUUGAAGAAGAGCCUGUCUGUAUUUUUCAGUAGGAUUAGAAAGAGAUUUUUAUUGAAGCAGUGUGAUAAGACUGUACUGCCUAUCCAAAUUUUCAAUUAAUUUAAUUUAUUCUUAGUUAAGGGCACUGGAUAAAAGUGGUAUUUUAAGUGGUCUCUCUCACUCCCUUCUCUUUGUAUGUCUACAUUAGAGAAAUGUGUUACAAAUCAGAUCACAUUGUGUUUCUCUCCUGCAGUUCAAAUUUUUAAGCUAGGUUUUCUUGAACUACCUCACACAAACUUUCUACGUUUCUUAAGUAAGCAAAGCUAACCCUUGCUAUUGGAACUACACUGAAUGUGAAUAGAAAAUACACCUCCAUUAGAAAAACAAACGUAUUGGCCAAUGUUGAGACAAUAUCAGUAUGUUUCUUAUCUAUUUCACGUAAGACGUUCAUGUGUAAUAUAGAGCUUGUGUACAGUAAUGUACAUCUAGAUUAUUGUGUUAGCUGUAAAUUGGUGAUUUUAUUAUUGUAGUCUGGUUUUGUAGGGUAAAAAUAGCUUACUAGUAAUGUCAGCUCAUCCUUUACAUUUUACAAAAGGAAUAAUUCUUGGUAAGCUUUGCAUACAGAUGAAUUACUUUUGUAGGCCCAAUAUCUAGUCUAUUUUUGAGAGUUCUUUAACUUUUAUUACUAAAGUUGAGAAAAAAAAUCCCACCCCAAUUAUUGUGAUCAUUCCUUCUGCCCUUUUUUGAAGUAUAUUCUUAAUUUUAUUAUGUCCCAAGAAAUAUGAAGGGGAAGAUACACCAUUAAAAAUACUGGGGAAAACUAAUUUUUUUUCUUCCCCACAUUUGAUACCUUUUCCUGCUUUUCCUUUAUUCCCUCCAAAUAAGCUGUUGGUGGGCAUUACUGAGAACAUUGUGGGGUUUUUUUAACUCAUUCAUGCCAUAGGUCAUUACAUGUGCACCACUGGAAUGUAUACAUUGUUAUCUAGUAUGUCAGUUGGUUAUAAUGAUAUUUUAAA